UGCGAUGUCCUGUGACGCGCUGUGACGAAGGCGGAAAUGUGACGGAGGACUACACGCUUUGAGUACUCUGCAGGCUAGGUUUAGCUACAGUUAGCAUUUUUUUUAAAUCGCGAACGGCCGUUUUCUCUGGGAAGAAAUGCCUUCGCUAAAUGGAAAAUCUGAUGUUAUAUUUGAGGACGAUGACCUCCCUUACGAAGAGGAGAUCAUCAGGAACCCAUACUCAGUCAAGUGCUGGAUGCGUUACAUCGAAUUCAAACAGAAUGGAGCAAAAUCCAUCCUCAACCUGAUCUAUGAGCGGGCUUUGAAAGAGCUGCCUGGCAGCUAUAAGCUGUGGUACAAUUAUCUGAGAGAGCGACGGAAGCAAGUCAAAGGGAAAUGUGUCACUGACGCAGGCUACGAAGAGGUCAAUAAUUGCCAUGAAAGGGCAUUGGUGUUCAUGCACAAGAUGCCUAGAAUAUGGCUUGAUUACUGCCAGUUCCUAGUGUCUCAGUGCAAGAUAACAAGAAGUCGGCAAACAUUCGACCGUGCGCUCAGAGCUCUUCCUGUUACUCAACACCCGCGCAUCUGGCCUCUGUAUCUCCGCUUUGUCCGUAACCUGCCCCUGCCUGAGACAGCCAUUCGGGUGUACCGCAGGUACCUGAAGCUUUCUCCAGAGAAUACAGAGGAAUACAUAGACUACUUACGGUCUGUCGGCCGCUUGGAUGAAGCAGCUGUACGACUUGCAGCUGUUGUCAAUGACGAAAGCUUUGUGUCCAAAGAGGGCAAAUCUAACUAUCAACUAUGGCAUGAGCUGUGUGACCUGAUCUCCCAGAAUCCUGAUAAGGUUACCUCCCUGAACGUAGGAGCCAUCAUCCGAGGCGGCCUCACUCGCUUCACAGACCAGCUUGGAAAACUCUGGUGUUCUUUAGCUGACUAUUAUAUCAGGAGUGGUCACUUUGAGAAGGCCCGUGAUGUAUAUGAGGAAGCUAUCCUUACGGUGGUAACAGUAAGGGAUUUCACUCAGGUGUUUGAUAGUUAUGCCCAGUUUGAAGAAAGCAUGAUCGCAGCAAAGAUGGAAACCACAGCUGAGAUGGGACAGGAAGAAGAUGAUGACAUAGACCUGGAGCUUAGACUGGCCCGCUUUGAGCAGCUGAUAACCCGGCGACCCCUCUUGUUGAACAGUGUACUGCUGCGGCAGAACCCCCAUAAUGUCCAUGAAUGGCACAAGCGAGUAAAACUGUAUGAGGGCAAUCCACGCCAGAUCAUCAACACAUACACUGAAGCAGUACAGACUGUGGAUCCAAUGAAGGCCACAGGGAAGCCUCACUCGCUCUGGGUUUCCUUUGCUAAAUUCUAUGAGGAAAAUGAACAACUCGAUGAUGCCAGAACAAUUUUUGAGAAGGCAACCAAAGUGAACUACAAGCAAGUGGAUGACCUUGCUGCAGUGUGGUGUGAAUAUGGAGAGAUGGAGUUACGCCAUGAGAACUAUGAACAAGCACUGCGUAUACUGAGGAAAGCAACGGCCAUCCCAUCCAAGAAAGCUGAGUACUUUGAUGCAUCUGAGCCAGUUCAGAACAGAGUCUACAAGUCCUUGAAGGUCUGGUCUAUGCUGGCAGACUUGGAGGAGAGCCUUGGCACUUUCCAGUCUACAAAAGCAGUGUAUGACCGCAUUAUUGACCUCCGCAUCGCCACGCCACAGAUCGUCAUCAAUUAUGCCAUGUUUCUUGAAGAGCACAACUACUUUGAGGAAAGUUUCAAGGCAUAUGAGCGUGGUAUCGCUCUCUUCAGGUGGCCAAAUGUUUAUGACAUCUGGAACACAUACCUCACCAAGUUCAUUGACCGUUAUGGGGGAAAGAAGCUGGAGAGAGCUAGAGAUUUAUUUGAACAAGCCCUGGAUGGCUGCCCUGCCAAGUUUGCCAAGACCAUUUACCUAUUGUAUGCCAAACUGGAAGAGGGAUAUGGAUUGGCACGACAUGCCAUGGCUGUCUAUGAAAGAGCAACCCAAGCAGUAGAAAUUGAGGAGAGACAUCACAUGUUCAAUAUCUACAUCAAGAGAGCAGCUGAGAUAUAUGGAGUCACAUAUACAAGAGCAAUUUACCAGAAGGCUAUUGAGGUUCUUCCUGAUGAGCAUGCAAGAGAAAUGUGUUUGCGAUUUGCUGACAUGGAGAGUAAACUGGGUGAGAUCGAUCGAGCCAGAGCAAUCUACUCCUACUGCUCCCAGAUUUGUGACCCAAGGGUGACUGCCAAUUUCUGGCAAACCUGGAAAGAAUUUGAGAUCCGCCAUGGAAAUGAGGACACUAUUCGAGAAAUGCUGAGGAUCAAACGCAGUGUCCAGGCCACAUACAACACCCAGGUCAACUUUAUGUCAUCUCAGAUGCUGAAGGCCACAACCAGCUCCACAGGCACAGUGUCAGAUCUUGCUCCAGGGCAAAUGGGAAUUGAUGACAUGAAGAUGUUGGAGCAGAAAGCUCAGCAGCUUGCUGCAGAGGCUGAGCAGGACAAACCCAAGCCCAAAGAGAAGAUUCUCUUUGUCAGGAGUGACACCUCUCGCAGUGAGUUGGCUGAGCUUUCGAAACAAGCCAAUCCCGAUGAGAUUGACAUUGAUGAUGACGACGAGGAUGAAGAUGAUGAAGACCAGGGACCAGAUGAGGUGCAGCUUGAACAGAAGAGUGUCCCCACAGCUGUCUUCGGAGGGCUUAAAGAUGACUAAAAAAGUCCUCCCUCCGUUGUUGAAUUUUGCAAGAUUUUUUUUCUGAUUUCCCUUAUGAACUUUGAAUAGGCUAAGUUUUUGUUAAUACUCAGUUGUUCAGUUAGUUUUUUUCAUAGAAUGUGAUAUGAGUGAAAAACAGAAUGUUGUAUGUAUUUUCUUGGUGGAAUUUUGUAACACAGUAUACAAAGAUGUGAGCCUGUAAUAGAGUUGGCCAUAUGGUGUCAGUCUUUCUCAAGUAUGAAGCUCAAGAUAACUGAACGCACAGCUUUCUCUUGUGAAAUACCAAUUUGAGGUUACAUGUAAACUGUAACUGAAGUCUGAUGACGGAGUUUUGACUUUCCAAACCACAGUCUGUAGAAGAGUUAACAGUGAAGACACUUUUGUACACCUACAAAAUACAGAAACGUUUCUCUGAAAGGAAGCUCUGCCCUAGAAAACACAGGGGAGGAGCAUAGUUUCUUCAACAGGGGGCUUUCAUUUGAAAGUGGAGCUGUGCAUUCAAGCCUCACAUUGUUGGCUUGAGGAUCACUAGUAGGUGGAUGUCUUACAAAACACAAUGAUUGUGAAAAGAUGUCAGAACUUCUAUGUGUAUGUCACUAUCCAAAUAUACAAAUCGUGCUGUUGUACAUGGUAUUAUUGUACACUCAAGCAAAGUUUGUACGGCUAAUUGAAUAAUCAGAGCACUAUAUAACAACUCAUAAUUGGAUGGCAGUAAAUGCUGAUUUGGAAAAUUGCCUUAUGCCAGUGUUCUUGUUACAGUUGUUUACAUGGCUCAGUGAUCAAAAUGUGUUUCAGUCAGUGCAGUGUGUCAGUUUUUGACAAACAAGAUAUUUCAAACGUUUUUGUAUUACCAUACUGCUUACAUUUCCAGUGAAUUAUGUAUCAGCAAUUCUGACUCUCAGAGGCUCUUCACUUCCAAUCUAUGAAACUUUCUUUACAUUGUCUUGUAAACGCAGUUGUAAUAAAAAUGGGUUUUUGCCUGUUAAA